CACAGACUGGGGGAGAGUGAAAGACAGGCAGUAGGAGGGGGUGUGAGAGGGAGACAUAAAAAUUAAGUGAGCUGACAGAACAGAUCAGCUCCAGGCUAACUCCUCCAGAGUUGAGUCACUAAUAACCUGAUUCUUUACCACACCACAGGUUAAAAACUGAAGGGAAGAGUCAAACUACCUGAUCUGUAACCAUGAUUGGUGAGUUGAUCAGUGUCGGUGUUCUUCUUGGAGCUGUGUCAUCUCAAUUUUCACCAGAUCCAUCUUCACCUUCCACAUUUAUCUCCGAUGAAGGACCAUGUCGGAUUUACAACUUUGGUCUGUCAGCAGACUGUCAGGGAAGAAAGCUAGAUUUCGUUCCAUGGAGACAGCUUCCAGUUACACUUGAAAGCAUUGACCUCUCUUAUAAUGGGCUUCAUGUUAUCAGUGCAGCUGACUUCCAGAACUUUCCUGAGCUUCGCAUCCUUCUACUGCAGUACAACAACAUUUCACACAUUGCCAAUGAGACUUUUAAAAAUAACCCAUUACUGGAGCAUCUCAACAUUUUUAAUAACUCAUUGCAUGAAAUUCCUGCUUCACCUCUGACAUCCCUCCUCAAUCUGAAGGAGCUCUCCAUGUCAAAUAAUCUUUAUAGACAUGCAACUUUAGCAGACAGUUUCUCUAAAUUAGUCAGACUCAAAGUUCUGUCCUUGGGAGGGCCUUUGGUGAUGGGACUAAAGAAAAAUGAUUUUCAGCCCCUAAAAAACAUCCAGUUACAAGCUUUUGCCAUCAAGUGCUCCUCUAAUUUAAGUUACUACGAGCCAGGAAGCUUAGAAGUCAUCCACACAAAACAGAUGGGCUUUGACAUGGCGAUCGAUCAACGACCGAAUGCUCUCCAUCAUAUGCUACGUGAUCUCGCCAACAAGACACUCAGUGUCAUUCAAUUCCGCAACCUGUUUGAAUUCACAUACUACAUGGGUGAUGAAGAUAUUUUCCUGAACUUAAAAGACAUUAGAGCAUUUCAGCUCAUCUUUCACAGAGGCAAGUUCAACGAAAAUCUCCUGAAGAUGGCAUUACUGAACUUACAAGUGACUCCCAUCAAACGGCUUAGACUUCAGUACAUCGACUUUGCCCGUUCACCAACAUUUGUCGACAGUGGAGCAGGUUCUAGCAUAACCAAGCUGAGUCUGGAUAACUUGGAUCUUUGGUAUAUCAGCAAUCCUGAUGUGCUGCGAUUUGACUGGCGCUUCACCUGGUUCAAGAGAAUAAAGCAGCUGUCUAUCCAGUAUGUGUAUUUCAGCAGUGUGCCUUGUGACUCCUGGGCUGAGAUGGAAGGUGUGGAAUUAUUAGAUGUUUCAAACAAUCGAUUGAAUGAUGAUGUUUUCUACAACAAGAGAUGUAAUUACAAAGGUUCCAUGCCAAAUCUUCUCACCUUCAACCUAAGCACCAAUGAGUUGACCAGUCUAGAAGACCUAUCGUCUCUGAUAAAGCACUUCAAGAAGCUGCAGGUACUGGAUCUCAGCAACAACAAACUGGGAUCUGCAGAAGAAAGUCGACACUGUGUUUGGACACAAAAUAUAACUCGUUUCAUUGCACACCACAACUACUUUUCAAGCGAAACAUUUCACUGUCUACCUACCACUGUUUCUUACUUGGAUCUGUCCGACUGCAACAUGGACCAGCUGGACUUGACCUACUUUAAGAAAGCUACAAACCUAAAAAUUCUAUUACUGAGUGGGAAUAAAAUUAAGUUCAUCCCAUCUAAGUGGGAGUCCCCAUCUCUUCAGUUUUUAGCUUUGGAUGGAAAUUCAUUUGGAUUGAUAAGCAAGGCAUCCUUUCAUCAUAUGCCUCAACUGUCUCAGCUCACGGCAGGAAACAAUCCUUACCAUUGCACUUGUGAGCUUCACUCUUUUGUCCAGGACACCAUCGCAAUUGGAAAGGUCAAUCUCACUGACUGGCCAUUGAAUUACAGAUGCUAUCACCCGGAACCGUUCCUCAAUACCUCAAUAUCCAAAUAUUUUCCUGGUCAAGUAGCAUGUGACAUCAGACUUGUUAUCAUCAUUUCUGUUGCAACCACUGCCGUAGUGAUCUUGAUAUUUGUUCUAAUUUGCUAUAUUUUUGACCUCCCAUGGUACACUAGAGCCACGUAUCAGAUCAUACAAGCCAAAUACAGAGCGCACAAGGAAAAUCUAGCAGGGGGCGUUGGGAACUUCAAUUAUCAUGCCUUCAUAUCCUACAGCCACUCAGAUGCUGACUGGGUGAGGGACCAGCUCUUACCCUGUUUGGAGAACAACAAGAACCCCUAUCGUCUGUGUAUUCAUGAGCGGGACUUUAUGCCAGGAAAAUGGAUCAUUGACAACAUAAUUGAGAACAUUGAAAGCAGUCGUAAGGUUAUUUUUGUCCUUUCCCGGCACUUUGUGAACAGUGAAUGGUGCAACUACGAGCUGUACUUUGCUCAGCAGAGAGCAAUGGGAAAGACCUUCAGUGAUGUCAUUCUGGUUCUGAAGGAGCCCAUUGAUCCAAGUUCCUUGCCCAGCAAAUAUUGCAAGCUCAAAAAGAUGCUGAGUACCAAAACAUACCUGGAGUGGCCCCAACAGGUCAACCAGCAGCCAUUUUUCUGGGCACAGCUGAGGAGUGUUUUGGGUAAACCCACAAUGACUCGUGAGGGGACUAACAGCAUCAGGAGUAGAAACUCAUCCGAAUGAUUCUCAGGAGAAAGGAUACCAGAAGUAGAUAAACCUCUUGAAGGCAACAAAAAAGAAAUUCAAAGUGAAAUUAUUCACGGAACUGAAACUAAACUACAAGAUCAAAGAAAUAAAAAAUAUCAAAAUAUAAUGUUAUUUAUCACAUUUCCACAAUGUCUUUUUGGCAAGUACUUGUCCAUCUUGAUAACAUCAAGUUGAUAGCAGGACCCACCACUUUCUCACUUUGUGAUGAGAGAAAAGUAUAUAAGAAAUCAGUUCUGUUUACAUUUUGAUGGAGAUAAUUUAAAUACAUUCAAAUACUUAAAUGCAGAAUGUGCCUGACUCCAGAGGCUUGUAUGUUACUAGACAUUCAUAAUCCUUACUAUGCAGUGUUGAAGUAAAGUUUUGUACUUGGAAAAGGUUUGUGUGAUGCUUGUUUACAAGAGACUGUUGCUAUUUUGUUUCACUUUUCAAUUUUGUCAAUAAAUAAAAAUAUGAAAGAGUUUUUCUUUAUUUAAAUAAGUGAAACAGUGUAGGGUUGUAGUUUGAAUUCAAGAGCAGUUAAAUUUUAAGACACUGUCCUAAGGAACAAUUCAACAUGUAGAAAAUAAAAUUUUUGCCAUGAACUCCUUAUUGUGUCAUAGAACAUCAUUAGAGGUGGGUAGAGUAUAUUGUACUCAUGUAAGACUUGAAUAGGACUAAGGAGUAAGGGAAAAUAGGAAAUAAUAAGGGAAAAUAGAAAAUAAUACCAAUUUACAAGACCAAAAUCAAAUAGACUCAAAAAAACAGCAUGCAAGAAUAAAGAAACAAAAUACAAAGGAAUUAAUAUAAGACCUAUAAUAUAAGAAUUAAUAUAAGCAUUGCUAAUGUUUAUUCUGUAUUGCAACUGUUUUAAAUGUUUUGUUCCCUCUCCAUGACAUGGGAAAAAAUUAUUUACCAGCAAGUAUUUAAAUAUGUUCAUUCCUCUAAUCAUGGUUAACAAAUACUGUAGAUUUGGGAAUAUUUGCUAUUUAUUUGCCAAAGUUACCUGGAAGGAACAAAAUAAUCCAGGUGUUUCAAAUCAAAUGUUGCCCCCCCAUAAUGUGGAAAAAUAUUAAUUUACCAGCAAGCCUUUAACUCUAUUUAUUUCUCUCAUCGUGGACAACAAAUUCUGUAGAUUUGGAAAUAUUUGCUCUUUAAUUGCAGAAGCUACCUGAGGGGAGCCAAAUAUUUCAGCUGUCUGAAAUAAUCUGUUCCCCGAUGGGAAUGAAAUAAUUUACAAUUCAUUUACAAGUAUUUGUAGUUGUUGCCCAGGUUGAGAAGAAUAAGCACAGUUAAAAAUUCAGUUAAACACUGACUCUGCGGACAGGCAAUGCCUCCCAAUGCCCGUCCAUGCCGCCGGGCCUGAGACCAGGUUUAUUUAAUAAUUUACGUUAGGGUUUUGUUGUUUUAACAGCAGCUGUCGAUUAAACUGAAAGUUACAAUUUUAACAUGAUUACGUGAGUCGUGUUACCGAAAGAUUUAUCAUAAGCCCCGUGAAACUGAUUUGGAUCCGCCUCUCUGACUGCAGAUUUUCACUGCAGAUUGAACACAAGACCUGUCUCUGUUUUCAGGAUUUUGACUCACUGGCUCCCCCUUGUUGUCAUUUGAACUUGUUGCUGUGACACUAAAUAUUUGUGUUUCAUUGCAUCAUUUACUUGACCUCCAAAUGCCACAGCAGGUUCAGCAGAUAGAAAAAUAUUGUUCCUCAGUCAGAAAAGUAACUUGUGAUGUGUGAAAUUGCCAGAAAUUGAAUACGUGUUAUACAAAGAAAGAUAAAUCUAUAAUUCAUAUAUAAUACUAAUCUAGAUCAAGUCCAACUGCACAACAUUUUAAAGCACUUUCUUCUACUGACAAGCUUCAUGUAGAUAGGGAUUUAAUUUUCCAGCAGGACUUAGCACCUACCUAUACUUGGUAUCAAUGCUUGCUAGAAUAACUAUGGUACUGGUCAAGAAACUGGUCAUGCCUGAUAAAAACUGUUGAAAUUAAGAUUAUAGAUUCUUCAGCAGACAUUAGACAUUAGCUGAACACUGUUAUUAAAGCAACCUUAGCUCUCUGAAACCCAUCAGCAGAGUUUUUCUUUUUAGUUUUUUUUUAUUUAUGGAAAAACAAUGAACAACUGCAGAUUUAUUGAAUGCACAUAUAGAGCAUUUUCUAAUGUAUAUUAAUACUUUAGUUGAUUUAACACUUGGACAAUACAUGACUUAAAUUGAACUGAAUACUUACAAAAAAUACCAAGAUAGAAAUGUACCUUACUGUACAUCUUAUUCAGGUUAUUUUUGUAAUAUAAUGCGAUAUGUUAAACCAUUUAAAAAAAAGGGUAUGUAUAUGUUUCCAUGACUUUUAAGGACAUAGCAGCAGAUGGAAAGCUGCAUAAAUGACCUCACUGGCCGUGUUUGUUUUAACAGCAUUCUUGUUAAGGAUAUCAGCUCCACUGUAGUUUGGUUUUCCUGUUAUAAAAUGAAAAUAUGGAAAUGCAUAUGAAACCUUUACACAGAGGCCAGUGAUGCAAAUACUGAUGCAGAUGCAAAUGUUUAAGGGUUUGAACAGCACCCUGUAUCCUUAAGUGACGCAUUAAAAGUCGCCUAUGUUGCAAAUUAAAGGAAGCCAUUUGCAAAACAGGACAUAUAAUGAAAUGAGUCAUUUUAUAAAUUGAUGUCAUACUUUAGUAAUUCAUUGAAAAGUUUGCCUUGUGAUUUAAUUUAAGAAAACCCCACUACAAUAAUAUCGGAGCAUAAAUCUUGUUAUAAAAUGAUUAAGAUUAACUCCAAAGGUAAAAUCUCCAAAAUAAACUUGUCUCUGGGUAAAUGUUUUCAUGUUAAGAAAAUUGUAAACAUUUCAAGCAAAGAAAAAAUAACAUUCUAAAUAAUUAUUGCCCUGCAGAAGAGAAGAGCUGCCUCCCAGGCAAAAUAAAAAUAGCCCUAUAUUAUGUUGGACUGGUUCAAUGUGAUAAUGUUCUUGUUCUAACAAUACACUUAUCAUACAAUAUGCUAUCUUAUUACAAGUUAUAAAUAUGUUUAUGAUCAUUCAAUAUAUUUAUAAUGUAAGAAUUUCAUAAUUUUUCACCUUGAAUGGGUCUGAAAAUGUCUCUUGGUUAUUAGAAAUAUAACCCGCCUGAAUGUAGUUCAGGUGGUGUAGGUAGGCUUCCUCUGCCCCUCCGGAUCCCAUCGCUACCUCAGUGGGAUCAGACUCAUUGUUCCUCCUGGAAGGCACUGUCUGGUUUAACUUCCUUCUCAGUUUGCACAUGGCUAUCAAGUUGUUCAGCAGCAGCAAAAUUUCUCCAAACAUUAAACAGAAGCAGGAAAGCUUGAAAUAAUCCUUGAGACCAGAUCAUGAUCAUGAUCAUGAUUAUGAUCAUGAAUGAUCAUUUUGGUUCAGAAGCAAGAAAGGGUGGAGCAGCCCCACACCAGGGGCACAUUUAAAUCCCAGAUGUAAAUCACGCAUAAGAGCAGGAAGCUUGAAAUCCAAUCACUCAAUACUGAUGUUUGCUGAACAAACCUUUAUAAUACCAGACCUUGUUAUAUUGUGUGGUUUGUUUGUAUGUUGUAUCUGUGGGUUGUAUAUUUGUAACAUUAUACAAUCGGUAAAGUCUUUCUGAAGGGCCCACGUACCAAAUGUAUGGCCCGCCACUAUUUAUUAUAUAAAGGGUAUAUUGUAAUAACAUAAUUGUACAUUGCACAAAUGUAUAUUUUUUAUAAUAAUAAAGCUUUCAAAUUAUAA